GCUGAGCUGUGCUCGUGCGAUAUCUUAUUACACACUCGCGCGUGUACGUGUCUAUGUGUAAGUACAACAAACAAGACGAAUAAGCGCAGCAUCAUCGGUUGCAAAGUGAUUGUGUCUCCGAUCCCGCGUAGCGGCAGCAGCCGUGGUAUACAGUAGCUGCAGCAGUCGACGAUUGACUUCGCUCUUGGAUGGUGUAUAUACAUUUUUCGAUAUCGCUUCUCGCCUAUGAACCGACGCUCCACUACUGCGUACGUCCUUUUGAUAGGCAGGAAAACCGGUUUUGUGCUCCGCGUGCUUCGCUCGCAUCUAUUAAAUGAAGCGCAGCAUCGUUUGGUUCUAAACCGAGCGAGGCCAAUCGACGUAAAUAUAGGUACACAGCUCAAGCAGUGAGGAUGGAGGAGAAAAAGUCGGAAAUCGACCGCGCGCAAGCGGACACCGUGGAGGAUCAUUUCGAGGCGAUCUUAGCGAGCAAAGGAUGCAUCGAUUCGGACGCCUCCAAAAUCAGAAUCGAUCAUCUGCCGGCCUGGUUCGACGCGGAGCUUUUCAAACGGGGACAGGAUUAUUACAGUAAAAACGUGCUGGCCGUGGUCACGGCCUACUCGGUCGGACUCAUCGCGGUUUUUUUAGUGCCUACGAUAGCCAAGGUCUUGACGUUCACAAAUCAGAGCUCCACGCCGUGCGCGGCCUUUCGCCGAUACUUCCAAACGCUUCUGCACAUCCACUACAUGCAUCGCUGCGACGUUCUCGAUCCCAAGUCCAAAUUUUACAAAUCGCUCAACACCAUCCGGUGGAAGCACUCGACGACCUCGGCCAGACUGCUGAGCAGAAAAGACCAGGGCAUCACACACCGCGACAUGGUGCUCACGCAGUUCGGAUUCGUCGGCUACGUGCUGCUGUCGCCCGGCGAGCUGUCGCUGACCGACGGCCGCGACGAUCGCCAGGCGUUCAAUCACUUUUGGCGCGUCGUCGGACAUCUGCUCGGUAUACCCGACGAGUUGAAUCUGUGCCGAGGCAACGAGAAGGAGACCACGCGGCUCUGCAGGCGCGUACGCGACGACGUUUACAAGAAGUGUCUGCGAGCGCCCGAGCCGAGCUUUUUGUUACUGACCAAGGCGGCGUUGGACGGUUUGAGGAGCAUCGAUCCCAUGGUCGACGUCGACGCGUUUCUGACUCUGUUUUAUACGUUGAACAACGACAAAUAUACAAAGUCCUUGGGCUUAUGGAGCUGGAUCAAUGUUCUCUACCGAAAUAUAACUUUCUAUCUAAUAGGAUUACCUCUAGUCGGAACGAUCGUACGAUCGUUUUGGAACUACUACCUCUUGACGCUUUACUGGUUCAAUGAAAAGUAUCCGCUGGUAGCGCGCUGGAGAUUCGGCAAAGAAAAUUCGAAAAUCAAAUUGUACCCUCACUCGUCGUUUUAGCAAGAACGAGGAGGUACACGAGA